AUGAACCACAAUGCAAGAUUCCAUGGCAUUCGAGUGGCAUCAACUGUUUGGGCUACCACGACUUCUUCGCCUCCUUCCGAGAUUGCUUCCCCAGCUGCUAAAUUGGUUGGGAGAAUCAAGAGAUGUCAAGAGCUGUCUAACGAUAAGCCCGUCCACUUUGUCCAGAAUCGUGCCAUUCUCUACGUCAUAAGUCUAGCGGGGAGAUGCCUCAAACUGUCGGUUGAGCUGCUGCUGGACGCUAACCCGCACCAUCGCCAUCACGGAACGUGGUUUACAGCCAGAGCGGCAACGACCCGUGCUUUACUGGUCUUGGCCGCAGUCAGAAGCGGGCUGCGUCCGUGCUUGAAGGUCCUCAUCGGUCAAGUCAUCGGGGCCGGGGGCCGAACGCUUCGCUGUUCAGGUGGUCAAAAGCACAUAGCGGAAGUAAUGUGCGCCUGA